AUGGCCUACCAAGGCGCUGGUAAUACUUCGCCUCCGGGCUAUGAUGACGGUGGCCACCGGCUUCAGGAUCUAGCCCACGGCAACAACUAUGAAGAAGAAGCGUCGAGAGGUUUGCUAUCGAGCCAGACGGGCCCGUUUACGGGACCCUUUGAUGACCCCCAGCAACGCAACCUGUCCCCCGCCCGACCCACCUCUGGAUACAGUUUGACCGAGACAUAUGCCCCCGAUGCGGGCUAUCAUGAUCCUUACAGUGCAGGUGGCUCUGUUUACUCGGCGCAGUCUGGGGAGAACCCCGCGGCUGCUUUUGGUGUUCCCGGUCGUGUGGCUUCGCCAUAUGCUCGUAGUGAAACCUCAUCAACAGAAGCCUGGCGGCAGCGACAAGCCCCCGGAGGUGCAGCAGGUGGUGGUGGAGGCAGCGGUGGAGGCGGCGGUGGAGGUAAUUUGCGCCGCUACGCUACUCGAAAGGUCAAGCUCGUGCAGGGCUCAGUCCUCAGCGUUGACUAUCCGGUGCCCAGUGCUAUCCAAAACGCCAUCCAGGCUAAGUAUCGGAACGAUCUCGAGGGCGGGAGUGAAGAGUUCACACACAUGCGAUACACUGCGGCGACAUGUGAUCCCAACGAAUUCACUCUCCACAAUGGUUAUAAUCUUCGACCCGCCAUGUACAACCGACACACCGAGCUGCUGAUUGCGAUUACCUAUUACAAUGAAGACAAGACCCUGACGGCACGUACCCUGCAUGGUGCCAUGCAAAAUAUUCGUGAUAUUGUGAACCUGAAGAAGUCCGAGUUUUGGAACAAGGGUGGACCGGCCUGGCAAAAAAUUGUGGUGUGCCUGGUAUUCGAUGGUAUCGACCCCUGUGACAAGGAUACGUUGGACGUUCUCGCCACGAUCGGUGUCUAUCAGGAUGGUGUCAUGAAGCGUGAUGUCGAUGGAAAGGAGACUGUUGCUCACAUUUUCGAAUACACGACGCAAUUAUCCGUGACCCCCAACCAGCAACUUAUUCGCCCGACGGAUGACGGCCCUACAACCCUUCCUCCCGUGCAGAUGAUGUUCUGCUUGAAGCAGAAGAACAGCAAGAAGAUUAACUCCCACAGAUGGCUCUUCAACGCUUUUGGCCGCAUCCUGAACCCCGAAAUCUGCAUUCUUCUCGAUGCCGGUACGAAGCCUGGCCCCAAGUCGCUGUUGGCUCUGUGGGAGGCUUUCUAUAACGAUAAGGACCUGGGAGGUGCCUGCGGCGAAAUUCACGCCAUGUUGGGUAAGGGUUGGAGAAAUCUCGUCAACCCUCUCGUCGCGGCCCAGAAUUUCGAGUAUAAAAUCAGUAACAUCCUGGAUAAACCCCUGGAGAGUUCUUUCGGAUAUGUCAGUGUGUUGCCCGGUGCUUUCUCCGCGUACCGAUUCCGUGCGAUCAUGGGUCGUCCAUUGGAACAGUAUUUCCAUGGUGAUCACACCCUUUCCAAGCAGCUGGGUAAGAAAGGUAUCGAGGGUAUGAACAUUUUCAAGAAGAACAUGUUCUUGGCCGAGGAUCGUAUCUUGUGUUUCGAGUUGGUCGCCAAGGCCGGCUCCAAGUGGCAUCUGUCCUACGUGAAAGCUUCCAAGGCCGAAACCGACGUGCCGGAAGGUGCUGCUGAAUUCAUCUCCCAGCGUCGUCGUUGGUUGAACGGAUCCUUUGCCGCCGGUAUUUACUCGCUGAUGCACUUUGGACGGAUGUACAAGAGUGGCCACAACAUCAUUCGGAUGUUCUUCCUUCAUAUUCAAAUGUUGUACAACACGUUCUCGACUAUUCUCACAUGGUUCUCUCUUGCAUCUUACUGGCUUACAACCUCCGUCAUUAUGGACCUGGUUGGAACUCCGAGCUCCAGCAACGGUAACACCGGGUUUCCCUUUGGCAAGACGGCCACUCCGGUCGUCAACACCGUCGUGAAAUAUGCGUACCUUGGUUUCCUACUGCUACAGUUUAUUCUCGCCUUGGGUAACCGCCCGAAGGGUUCCCGCUUCUCAUACCUCGCCUCUUUCGUGGCAUUUGGUAUCAUCCAGCUUUACGUUGUCGUCGAUGCGCUGUACCUGGUAGUCCGCGCGUUCAGUGGCAGUGCGCCGAUGGACUUCGAUACUUCGCAUGGAGUGGGCCCCUUCCUUUCCUCGUUCUUCGGGUCGACGGGUGCCGGUAUCAUCAUUAUCGCGCUCGCUGCCACCUUCGGUCUCUACUUUGUGGCGUCGUUCAUGUACAUGGACCCGUGGCACAUGUUCACUUCGUUCCCUCAGUACAUGGCCGUGCAGUCGUCCUACAUCAACAUUCUCAACGUCUACGCCUUCAGCAACUGGCACGAUGUGUCCUGGGGUACCAAGGGUUCCGACAAGGCGGAUGCUCUGCCGUCGGCGAAGACGACCAAGGAGGGCGGUGGCAAGGAAGCGGUCAUUGAGGAAAUCGACAAGCCCCAGGCCGACAUUGACAGCCAGUUCGAAUCCACGGUCAAGCGUGCCCUGACACCAUAUGUGCCGCCGGUGGAGAAGGAAGAGAAGAGCUUGGACGACUCGUACAAGAGCUUCCGUACGAGACUGGUGACCUUCUGGAUCUUCAGUAAUGCAUUGCUUGCUGUCUGCAUCACCAGCGAUGGUGUGGAUAAGUUUGGCUUCACGAACUCUGCCACCGAACGAACGUCGCGGUUCUUCCAGGCUCUGCUGUGGUCGAACGCGGUGGUUGCGCUUUUCCGCUUCAUUGGAGCCUGCUGGUUCCUGGGCCGGACGGGUGUGAUGUGUUGCUUCGCCCGUCGGUAG